AUGGCAGAUCAUGGAGAAAACGUUGACGAAAGAAGGAAAGAACUCAAAAGAGAUGCUCAAGCCUUGGCCGUUAUUCAGCAAGGUGUUCAUGACACCUUGUUCUCUCGUAUUGCUGCUGCUGAAACAUCUCAAGAUGCGUGGGAGAUUCUUCGAAUGGAGUUUCAAGGAGACUCACAAGUGCAAGCUGUAAAACUACAGGUUAGCCAACAGAGAGCUUUUGGUGAGGAGAUCUCUGAUCAGAAAAUCGUCAGAAAGAUUUUAAGGAGCCUUACAGCCAGAUUUGAUUAUGUAGUGCCAUCUAUUGAGGUUGCAUAUGAUCUCAACACCUUGGCUCCUAUCAAGCCGAUGGGAUCAUUACAAUCUCAGGAGGAGAGAUUAAAUGGGAGAAUGGGUGAAAGUAAAAGUGUUAACAAAGAAAGAUCUGAUGAGCAGGCAUUACAAGCCUAUCAAUCGAAUAGGAGGCUCCCUAUGAUCAGAAUAAUAGAGGACGUGGAAGAGGUUGCAGCCAAUACAGAAGAGGAAGAAGGCAAGAAUGAAGAGACUCCUUACCUGUUUAUGGCUUUGAGUGCUGCUACACCAAAAAACCCGAGUCUCUGGUUUAUCGAUUCAGGCUGCUCCAAUCAUAUGACAAGUGCCAAGGUUAGCUUUGUGAAUUUGGAUGAAUCCUUCAAGUUGGAUGUCAAGUUGGGAGAUAAAAAGAACCUGGCUGUUGUUGGUAAAGGUACAAUUAAAUUAUGA